GAUAUCUUUUCGCUCGAAAUAUGAAAAAUUCAGCAUCAAGAGAUUUUUUAAGUUUGCUUGAAAAUCCAGAAAGUUAUGACGUGAAAAUCUUAGUUGGUGAAGAACCAGACAUUAAAGAAUUUAAAGCACAUUCGUUAAUCUUAACUUGUAGGUCAACCUAUUUUAAAAGUGCAUUGUCUUCACGAUGGGCAAAGGUAGAAAAUGGAAUUACCAUUUUUAAUAAACCCAAUAUUUCGCCUUCAGUAUUUGAAGUUCUUUUAAACAAUGAAGUUAGUCUCAUUGAUAUUGCUAUUGCGAGCGACGAGCUUCAAUUACUUGAAGUCUACCAACAACUCGAAAAACGUUUGCUUAAGGAUAGAUGGGCUUGGAAACCAAAAGACAUUAUUGCCAUUCUUCAGCACGAACAUUUCACUACCUUGUAUAAUGUCUCGAUAGGAUUCGUAUGUAGGAAUCCCAAAAUUAUUUUUGAAUCAGAAGAUUUCUUUAAUAUGAAAGAAGUUCAUCUCAUUACUCUUUUGAAAUGCGAUGACCUUGAGAUAGAGGAAAUUAAAAUUUUGGAAUACCUAAUUCAGUGGGGAAUCAAAAAUACGAAUUCCAUUUUAGAUUAUGAUAUUACAAAAUGGACACCGGAAAAUUUCAGGGACCUGAAAAAUACAUUGUGUAAUUGUAUUCCUCAUGUUCGAUUUUUUCAAAUGACGCCAAGCGACUAUACAAAAGUUAGAGCUUAUUUUAAAGAUAUACUACCAGACGGUCUUGAUGAUGAAAUUAUUCGAUAUUUUAUUGAUCCUGAUUUCAUACCCUCAACCAAGAUUUUACCAUUAAGAAAUUAUCCAUUCGAAUCAAGUAUAAUUAGUGCCAAAGAUGCAGGCUUAAUAGCAAGUUGGAUCGACAAGCGAGAAACACCUUAUCAUUAUACAAAUUUACCUUUUAAGUUUAGGCUUAUCUAUCGUGCUAGUCGUGAUGGCUUUGACAUAGAAAACUUUCAUAAAAAUUGUGAUAAUCAGGGACCAACACUCGUGGUCAUUAAAGUUCGCGAUUCAGCCGAGAUAGUUGGCGGAUACAAUCCAUUAGAAUGGUGUCGUGUCAAAGUAGAAGAUUCACUUGAAGACGAUGAUUUUACUGAUGAUUAUUUUAAUCACCGAUGUGAAACGUCAAAUAGUUUUAUAUUUUCUUUAACAAACCGAGCAAUUCCGAUAUUAAGUCGAGUCUCUUCUAAAGAAGAAGCGAUCGUUUGGUGCAAAAGCAAAGGGCCAUGCUUUGGUUUACAAGAUCUGUGUAUCCUAUCAUCAAAUUUUUCAAAUGAUAUUGUCUGCGAAAGCAGGAAAUAUUCUUACGAGGAGAAAAUUAUUAACAGAGAAACCUAUGAAAUCGAAGAAUACGAAAAUUGUUCAAAGGGGUUUUCCAAUUUUUUAUCGGGUGGUUUAAAGGUGAUUUUCGACUAA